CAAACAGCCUGGAGAAAUGAUUAACUGAUAUCUUCGGAAACGCGUCGGAUGUCCGUCGGAUCAGCAUUGGCUCUGAUAAGCCAGACUCCGUCGCUUCUCCUCAUCUCCAACUGUGAUACGGACCACCAUCAUCAUGAACACCCCAGGACAAGCAUGCGCCAGAUGCGCACAGAUUAAGCAGCGUUGCGACGGCGGCACUCCCUGUUCCCGCUGUGCCCGCCUCGGGCACAUAUGCGAAGCCAAGCCCAAGAUAGAUCCUAUGUCCAGCCAAGAACAGACACAGAUUCAGACACAGGCCCGACGGCCGCGUGCCUCGCGAUCCCGCGCCGGCUGCCUGUCUUGCAAGCAGCGGAAGAAGAAAUGCGACGAAGCACGUCCCCGCUGCAGCGAUUGCCGCCGGCUGAAUCUCCCAUGCCGCUGGAGGAGUUCCGUCUCUCAUGUGGAGCAUCAAGACCCGUCGCAAAGCGUGCCUGUAUCCGACACGGCCACGGCCCUCCCCAGUAUGUCGCCUACCCGCGAAGACUGGAGUGUACCGUCCGAUCAGAGCGCCAGUUCAUCAUCCGUAUCCGAAACCUACCCUGAGACCUUUGAAGAUAAUAUACAGUUGGAGAUCGUAGUAACGCCCGUCGGAUCGCGCGGGGACAUCCCAUAUCUGGAAAACGAGGAGGACCGCUCGCUGUUCAACCACUACUUGCACACCGUGGCACGCGCGCUUUCACGAGCUGCUACCACCGACUCCACCAACCCAUUCCUAACCACACUGGUGCCGAUGGCGGCGGCGUCGGAUACACUGACGAGUGUACUGCUGGGGCUAAGUGGAUGCCACUGGCGACGGGUGUAUCCCGGGAUCUGGAAGCGUGCGCUGGCACGACAAGGGCGGGCUCUAUCACAGGUAAACCAACUCCUCACUCGAAGUGGAUCGUAUCCAUAUACCCUGGAAGCCUGUGCCGCGGUACUGCUUCUCUGCCUCACAGAGCUAUGCGACGGCACCUCAAAAGUCUGGAAAUGGCAUCUCAAAGCAGCACGCACCCUCCUCGCUUCAGUAUCAGUCUCAUCAGAGACAGCAGAGGGUGCGUUUUGUAGAACACUCUUCCACUACCUCGACAGCAUGUCGACCAUCUCCCGCUGCAAGCCCCCUCUACUCCACAAAGGCCAGGGAAACAGCAGCGGUCUAGCCGAUAUUAUAGCCACGACUGAACCCACGAAUACCAGCCCCGCGGACCCAAUAUCCAGCAUGGCACCGGCUCUCCUUGACAUCCUGGGGAUGGUGAAUCUCCUCGCAGCCCACCGCAGCAGACGCAUCGACGAGCUAUCCGACCUCGGGUUCCGGACUGCCGCUGCACAGGUCCAGGCGCGAUUAGACAGCUGGCGUGCUGCGUAUGAUGAAUCUGCACCAGUGGAUAAUAGUGAAGCAGCAACAGCCUUCGAAUGGGCUGUGCGUCUCCGCCUACACCAGGUAAUAGACGGGUACGACCCUCGUCAUCCCGCUGUUGAAACGGCCCUUGAGCGGAUCCUGCAGGCUGUCUUGAGUAUCCCGUAUGGCAGCCCUGUGGAGGGUAGUCUUCUUUUCCCGCUGGUUAUCGCAGGCGCGAGUAGUACAGAUAUUGAAAAGCGCAUGCUCGCUAAGGAGAGACUGAUGGUUAUGGAGAAUACGCUAGGGUUUGGACAUAUUGGCCGGGCAAGGGAACUACUGGAGACGGUUUGGGCAGAGGAGCAGGAGUGGAACUGGGCCAGGGUGAGGUAUACUCAGUUCCCCGGGGUUGUAUUCAUUUAAUGAUCUACUGUCGACACGCCUUCUCUUUCACCAACUGUUCUAGAUGCAUUCGCAUGUCAUACCCGCACACCUCUUCGAUGGUCAAUUUCCCCGGCUGGUCCGCCCCAGAACUCCAGCCGAUGCGCUCGUUGAGAUUCUCUCUUGCCCGGAAACUGGCCUCUUGGACGCGGGUUGCGCGUGGUUUGCGCAGGCUUUCGUAUAAAUGUAGUCCGUCUGCAAUGGAGUACUGGGACUGGAAAUCGCGGUGGUAGAUGAGCCCGAGGGCGCCGGCAUCUUCGAAGGCCAUGCAUGAGCCUUGGGAUUGAUCAGGCAUCAUUGGGUGUGCUGUUUAGCUAAUUAAAUAAUUGAAUAAAUAGCUAGAUAUUAGGGGAAUACCGGCAUCACCAAGCAAGCACACCUUCCCUUUGGUCCAAUAUGGAUACGGCUCGUGUCGAUACACUUUAGCAGUACAAUAUCUGUUAGCAGCAUACAAACGAUGAAAUUGAAG